CUGCCUUAUAUAGUGCAGAGUUUCUCGGCUGUUCUCUUUUGCCUUGGGACAGUGCGAUUGGACUGCAGCCCCACUCUCUGUCCCGUCUUUGUCCUCCUGUUUUGAUAAGAAACACGAGAAGAGCUUCUCCGCUCCACAGUCAUCACUUCUGCCACUUUCUAAACAGUCUACGGCACACAAAUUCACACAAAAUGAAUGGCACAGUGGAUGGGAUCUACGACCACGCUCCUCGGGACGGCUCCUUCAUGUUUACCUCCGAGUCUGUGGGAGAGGGACACCCUGAUAAGAUAUGUGACCAGAUCAGUGACGCUGUGCUGGACGCUCACCUGAAGCAGGACGCGGACGCCAAAGUGGCUUGUGAGACGGUGUGUAAGACCGGCAUGGUGCUGCUCUGUGGGGAGAUCACGUCCCGAGCCCACGUGGACUACCAGAAGGUGGUGAGAGAAACCAUCCGAGACAUCGGAUAUGACAACUCAGACAAAGGUUUUGAUUAUAAGACCUGUAACGUGCUGGUGGCCCUCGAAGAGCAGUCCCCCGACAUCGCACAGGGAGUUCAUGUUGAUCGUCUGGAGGAUGACAUUGGAGCUGGAGACCAGGGUCUGAUGUUCGGAUACGCCACAGAUGAAACAGAGGAGUGCAUGCCCCUCACCGUCGUCCUCGCCCACAAACUCAACGCCAAGAUGGCCGAACUGAGACGUAACGGGACCGUCCCCUGGCUCCGCCCGGACUCCAAGACACAGGUGACGGUCCACUACACCCAGGAGAACGGCGCAGUGAUCCCCACCAGGGUUCACACCGUGGUGAUCUCCGUGCAGCACGACGACUACGUGAGUCUGGAGGAGCAGAAGAAGGUCCUGAAGGAGAAGGUCAUCAAGGCCGUGGUCCCCUCGAGGUACCUGGAUGAGAACACCGUCUACCACGUGCAGCCCAGCGGACGCUUUGUGAUCGGGGGGCCCCAGGGUGAUGCUGGAGUGACGGGCAGGAAGAUCAUCGUGGACACGUACGGAGGUUGGGGGGCCCACGGCGGCGGGGCUUUCUCUGGGAAGGACUACACCAAGGUGGACCGCUCGGCGGCCUACGCUGCCCGCUGGGUGGCAAAGUCUCUGGUGAAGGCCAAACUGUGCAGGAGGGUGCUGGUGCAGGUGGCGUAUGCGAUCGGAGUCGCCCACCCGCUCUCCAUCUCCCUCUUCACCUACGGCUCCUCUCAGCUGAGCGAGAAGGAGCUGCUGCAGAUCGUCAAUAAAAACUUUGACCUCAGACCCGGCGUCAUCGUCAGAGACCUGGACCUAAAGAGACCAAUCUACCAGAAGACGGCCUGCUACGGACACUUUGGCAGGAAGGAGUUCCCCUGGGAGGUCCCAAAGAACCUCAACUUCUAGAGUAUCUAUGUGCGUGUGUGUGUGUGUGUGUGUGUGUGUGUGUGUGUGUGUGUGUGUGUGUGUGUGUGUGUGUGUGAUGUAUAGAUAGAUGUCCUUGUGAUCCUGUAACCCAGUAAGGUAAAGGCAGCUGGGUGGGUUCAGAUAAUCACUGGUGAUUGGACGAGGAGAGAAACAGGUUCCAUCCAUAGCGGAUGACCCCUCAAACGUGACAUGACAUGCGAGUGAGCAAACUGGUAUUUUUGUCCCAUCGAUUUGGUUUACAGUGACAUGCCUGCAGUUUGCUUCACACUAAAACUGGUUGUUUGCAACAAUUUUCUGUCCAGAAAUAAGUGAAUGACCAAAAUGUGAAGGGCGAGCAGCCAUGCCUAUGUUUGAACCACUUUAAUGUCUUAAGAAAAAUCUACAUUUUUGUUAUUGUGGUCAGUAUUUUUAUAUGAUUAUUACUGUACAAUGCAGGUUUUAGUGUGCCUUUGGAUGAUCUAAAGCCUUCUGGAAGAUCUUAAAGUUUCACAUAGAGUAAAGUCUGUAGGUGUCAAUAGUUUUUUAGGUUGUUUUUUUUUUCAGCAUGAAAUCAAAUCUGCUCCCUGACGCUACUAUUUUGGUCCAUGUUCAAGAAAAAAAACCUAUUGUUUCUGAAGUUUUAAACGAUCUGGUAUUAAAACAAGAAUGUAAUCCUGCAGACACAGAAGAUAUACAGCAGAUAUACCAAAGAUUGUGAGUCACUCAUAAAUUGUAACCCGAGCAUUUACACCAGUUAUUUUAAUCAUCCUUGUCAGUAUUUUUCUAUGAUAGAUAGCUGGCUGCUGGCAGAGAGUCUGCAGAUAAUCUAAAGUCUUCAACGUUACAGUAUAAACUCUUGCUGUAAACUCUUUAUAAGUUUUGGAAGUUGAUGCGCUAUUGUGUUUUCUCCACCUUUGUUGUAGUUGUAUAUUAUUUGGUAUCGAACCAAAUGACUUGCAAACACUUGAUCUACACAGAAUGACAAUAAAACAAAAGACAAGAUGUGAGGGCAAGAAACAUAUCGUUGCUGUCCAGCAGAAACCUUGUAUCUCCAUAUUUUUACUCAUUUAAAUUUUUUUUUUAUAAAUCAGUGCUAUUGGCAUAGGAGUAAUUUACAGGGGCAAUGGGGGUGUUACAACCCCCAUAAUAAAAACUGUCCAGUGCAACCCACCCAAAGAACCUAUUAUUUUUUCCUUUACAUAAGUCACAUAAAGACAUGUGGACCAUAACUGGAUGCAGAGAAAGUACAAAGUCUUGCAGAAAAAUUCACCAGAAUGCAGAAAAUUAAGUGUUCAAAAUCAGGAGUGGAGAGCUCAACCCCCCCCAACACACACUCCCAAAAAUGUACGCCCUUGGCUAUUGGUCAACCUUUACAUCGGUCUGUGGGUAGCACAAAAAUUUAAACAGUGACCAGGUCGAUUACGUCUGGGGUAAAUAGCUCAAUAAAAUGUUUUUAAUUUAGCCUUUUUUUCAUUUCUUAAAAAAAACAAAAAAACAGUUUUGACCCAAAUCCCAAAGAAGUUUCAAAUGUUAGAGGUGGAAAUUAGAGAAAACCGGAGCUUUAAGUUUCAUAUUAUUCUGUGCUGAAACAUUAUAAAUUUCAUUAAGAGCUAUGGACACUUGGCAAAGCAAAGAUGAGAUGAGAUCUAGACGUCCCAAAGAUGUUUCAAAUGUCAGCAACUCAUAACUUUGGAAUCCUGAAUGCUUCCUAACAUUUCUGUUUAUAUAAUAAGACAGCUGCAAGUUUCACUGGACGAUCUAAAGCAGUGAUCCACAACCCGUUUUCCUUAAGGGGACCCAUUUUCUAUCAGUGAGUAAACUGACGACACCUAAUGGCAUUUUUUCAUUACAUGGUACCGACUCGACUCUACUUUUUUGGGUUCCAUUAUGAAAAAAAACUUUUUUUUUUUUAAAUGAAGAAAUGCUGAGAUAUAGGCAAUAGUAUAUUAGUAUGUUUUAAAAGUUGUCUUACACUCCUUAAAAUCCAGAAGGCCUCGGAGGCUCUGUGAAGCUUUGGCGGCCCCCAGUGGGGAUCAGGAGCCCCAUGUUGGAAACCAGUGAUCUAAAGCCUUUAAAAAGGUCUUAAAAUGAUUGCAUACUGUAUGUACGGAAGAGGAUUAGGGCCACAUGUGAAUAAAUGUAUUGACUGACUCUUUUUUUUUUCAAAGUUAAAAAAUAAAUAAAUCAGAGUUCUGAGAAAAAAAUCAUUUUGACUGUUUUCUCAGAAGAAUUCUGACUCUUUUUAAAUUUAAAAACGUAAAAAAAAAAAUUAGACCUAAAACUCAGAACUCAAAUACAUUUUUCACAUGUGGCCCUAAUCCUCUUCCAAACAUAUAGACUGAAAGUCUUACUAGUUUUUAGGGUUUCAGUUGGAAAUAAAUGCACAAACCUGCAUUCUGAACAGAUGUUUUAAAUUGGAUAUAUAUAUAUAUAUAUAGACACUAAAAACUGAAUGUCAUCAAGACCUGCAGACACACAAAGCAACAAUAAACAAAGUGUUUAAAUGUCGUGGAAUCAGAGAAAAACCUGAAAAUCUGGAACCUUGUGUGACGUGUUUCUCAUCUAAAAUCUCAUUCUUUCAUUGUCAUUAAUCCUGGAAAAUUAUGUAAAUAUGUUUUUUUUUCAACAAUAAAACAUUUUAACAAGAAGCAUUUCAUUUCUCUUCAAGGCGGCAUGUAUGAAUAAACAGAAAUGUUUUUA